AAUUAGCGAUCAGCUGCUCGCAACAAGCAAAGCAGAGUGCGAAAAUGGGAAAAAUUGUUUUUGUCUUCCCAAAGAAGAGAGCGCGAAAAACCCGUGGCCUCCUCGCUUCUCCUCCCCUCCUCAGUGUAUGGAGCGGCGCCCAGCGACUGGAUUCCGCGCCGGGAGACUCACCCUGAACGCGUAUGUCGGUCUGGCUCGGUACGUACCCCUUCCUGUCGGGCACCUUCUCACUUUUACCUUUUUCCAGGCAGUUUCACGCACGGAAAAUGAAUUAGACGCUGGAGGAAAAACAAGCGCGUCCGAUCGCUUUCACUCUUCACAACUCUUCGUCUGAGUGUGAUGUGUGGUGUGAUGUGUGUGUGAUGCGUGUGAUGGUGCUGAUGCUGUAUGCUGCGGUGUGCGUGGCGCCGGUGCGUGAUUGCCGACCGACCUCUUGGAAUUCUUCCCGGAAAACUGACCUUCUCAAUAUAACCUUCACGGCCACGUUCCCUUCUAUCCUUCUUGUCACCUUGCAACCCUUUUUCAGCCUCCUCGGAUCCACAGCAGAGGCCGCUGUCUGGUCUUCUUCUCCAGCCCUGUCGGUUAUCGGCUACCUCAGAAAGCCGUCCAUAACAAUUUUUAUAGCGUUCUACUUCUGCUCGCAAUCUCUCUCCUUUUUCUCACUUGCACCGAAUGCCGGCAAGAUCCAGCUAUCGCUCGCUGGUCCACAAUAGUUUAUCGAUAGUUAAUGUUUAUGGUAGCCUAACUAACUACUAAACAAUCAAAAACUUAAACUACUUAACACUAUUUAAAAAUCGAUAGUUAACAUUAGUUACCUGACCUUUUGAU